GAAUGAUUGAAUCCAGCAUUUUGUCUCUAGUCUUUAUGCCUAAAUUUGAAUCGUAAUUUCUUGGUAUUUAUUGAUUUGAAUUAUGCAAUAUAUUGUCCGUUUCCCAUUUGUUCCAACUUAGAUCCUUACAUGCCAUUUGCCAGCCCAACACAAAACACCAAACUCUUCUUCUUCUGCUGCUGGUUCUACUUCUUCUCUUCAAGGCUCAAUACAAUUCAAAAUUUAAUUUUCACAUUUUUGUUGACUCUGCCCCGUCGUUAGCUCACCCGAAACGAAAGCGGCGGUUUUUUUCAUGGGUUAUUGAUUUCACAACGAUUUAUUGUUGCAGUAAGGCUGUGAGUCUGUGACCGGCGCGUGUAUCUGCUCAAAUAAAAUGGUGCUGCCUACGUAAGGUAUUCAUGAUGGCCUAUGUUCUCGUCUUAGCUUUCAACAUAUUUGUGCUCAAGUAACGGUCUGAAAUAGACUGUUCUUACUCAAAUAUAGCUCUUUUGCCACCUUUGAGUUUCCUCAUGCAAUAUGCGUAUAAGGUUAUAACUGCGCAUGCUGUCAAUGGCAAGUGGACCUUCCUAUUCUGUUGACUCGCGAAAUAAACCUGAAGUCAUUGAUCCACCUCCAAAAGAAAAUGUGUUGGACAUUCGUGAGAAUGUGAAUGAGAAUGUUCAAACCACACUAAAACCUAAUCCAGCUGUUACAAGGGGUGUUCGUGAGCUGUUGAAAUGUCCAGUUUGCUUGAAUGCCAUGUACCCUCCUAUUAGUCAGUGUUCCAAUGGGCACACGUUGUGUUCCGGGUGCAAACCUAGGAUGCACAACCGGUGUCCAACAUGCAGGCACGAACUUGGAAACAUCAGAUGUCUUGUGUUGGAGAAGGUAGCCGCGUCUCUUGAGCUUCCUUGUAAAUAUCAAAAUUUUGGGUGUAUCGGCAUCUAUCCAUACUACAGCAAGCUUAAGCAUGAAUAUCAAUGUGCUUUUAGACCUUACAGUUGCCCUUACGCUGGCUCAGACUGCUCUGCAGUUGGUGAUAUUCCAUUUCUUGUCAGCCACCUCAAAGAUGAUCACAAAGUAGACAUGCACAGCGGGAGCACUUUCAACCAUCGGUAUGUCAAGUCCAAUCCACAUGAGGUCGAGAACGCCACAUGGAUGCUUACGGUUUUCAGUUGUUUCGGUCAGUAUUUUUGUCUACAUUUCGAAGCGUUUCAGCUAGGAAUGGCGCCCGCUUACAUUGCAUUUUUGCGGUUCAUGGGUGAUGACAAUGAGGCUAAAAACUACAGCUACAGCCUCGAGGUUGGAGGUAACGGGAGGAAGGUGGUGUGGCAGGGAGUUCCCCGGAGCAUAAGGGAUAGCCACCGGAAGGUUCGUGACAGUUUUGAUGGUCUUAUCGUUCAACGAAACAUGGCGCUCUUCUUCUCCGGUGGCGAAAGGAAGGAGCUGAAACUCAGGGUUACUGGUAGGAUUUGGAAGGAGCAGUAGUAGUGUUUUGGUAUUGAUUAUGUUGUUUCUAGUUUAGGAGGCAAACUCUCUUUGCUUGUCUAUGCAUCAAUCAACGUCUUGUCUCAGCUACCUGCAACUAUACUACUAUCUUCAUGUCUUAAUUAAUUGAAGCCAUGGUGCAAGAUAACAAGUUCUAAAGAUGUUA